GAGAGGCAUAGCUGGCACCGCACGCCCACAGCAAAAGCUGCAAGGUCUUACGCACGUGUUCCAUCGCUGCGCUCGCCGCUCCUUGCUGCAAGCGCAAGCCCUGACUCGCGUCGGCUUGCACAGCUCGCUGGCAAGGCACGCACACGCGACGCGACGACGCAGCGCAAGCGAUACGCCACCGCCGCGAUGGCGCGCCUACUAGCAUUACUCACAACAGCCGCGGCCUACGUCAUGACACCACCAACAAAACUCACGCCCGGCCGCACGUCACCGAGGAGCAGUAUUGUAUUAGGACCGCAGUCGGUCCCGCAAGUGCCCUACUCGCCGCCCGGCGCGGAGCAGGGCCAGCACAUGUACGUCGACAUCUACCAAGCUUUAUACAGAGACAGGAUCAUGCUCGUGGGCAACUUUCUAGACGAGGAGCAGGCGAAUAGCCUGAUAGCUCUGUUACUCUUCAUGAGGUUCGAAGAUCCGAGGAAGCCCAUCUCCAUCUAUUUCAACGUGCCGGGAGCGCUCAUGAAGCCGUGUUUGGCCGUCUACGACACGCUGCGGACGCUCGAGUGCCCGGUCACAACUGUCAAUCUAGGACUGGCCACGGGUAUGGGCGCCUUCCUCUGCGGCGCGGGCACGAAGGGCAUGCGCUACGCCCUGCCGAACGCGCGGUUCCUCAUGCAGCGCACGGGGCUCGACGACCCCUACCAGGGCCAGGCGUCGGACAUCGGGCUCAUGGUGCGCGAAAAUUUGAGGGAUAACGACCGCAUGGCGCGUCGACGGCGUCUUCAUGAUCUCGCGUCGAUGGCGUCUUCGUGAGACCGCGCCACCGGGCCGCCGUCGACGCGGCCACGCGAGAGAGCUGCGGCGUCGACGCGAUGCCACGUCGCCGCGACCCCGUCUUCAUGAUCAUCACACAGGAGAAAGCCCUCGUCCAGAUGACGGGCCAUCCUUUGGAGAAGAUAAAGAAAGACAUGUCCCGGGCUGUGUGGAAAUCAACCAGUGUGUCGGGCGGAGAGGAACCGGCAUCGCCACGCUAUCGAGCAGGUGUCGCGUCGAUGGCGUGGAGAACGAACGCGCCGUGAAUUUGAUUUCCACACAGGUCCCGGGACUUCUACCUCAGCGCCCACGAGGCCGUCCAGUACGGCCUCAUCGACAAGGUGCUCAUCCCGCAGCCGAAGGGCAUGGGCGGCGGCGGGCUCGGGCUCGGCGACGGGCUGAGCUCGUUCGUGUAAGGAGUAUCUAUCAA